AUGCGCGGAACAAGCAUCAGAGAACUGUGUAACAUUGAGAAUGGAAGGAACCUAAACGUCAUCGAGGAGGAAGAAAAUUGCGAGAGAAUGCGAGCUGGAGGGGAUGAUGUGAAUUGUGCAUGCUGUUCUCUGACUUCUGAGGUUUAUGUUAUUGUGGGUGCGGUGAUUGUUCUUGUAUUAGGAAUUCUGAAGGUGCUUGCUAAUCGCGAUGCAUGGUUUCUGCUUGUCAUGGGGAUCAUCAUUCUUGUGCUAGCAAUAAUUGGCUUCAUGACUAAGAACUCACUUAUAUACCUUAUUGCGGCUAUCGUUGUGGUUGUUCUUGCUAUACUCGUAGUUGUCAGCACAAUUUUUUUCAUCUUGAACAGUGGAUUCACUUUAAGAGCGAUCAUCCUAAUAAUAGUGGACAUAAUUUUUAUCAUCUAUAAGACGAAUGCCUCUCCUGUCUUUUCACUCUACAAGCCUGAACGUGGCCACGGCUAA